CAAAUACCAGCAGCGUAGUACUCAGGCAGCAGGCUGAAAUGACUGUAGCUGUCAAUUACAAUGUAGAGUUUUCGUCCUGUGCGUUCACCUUAAAGGUCAGUUCUCGGUUAAACAGCACUGCAUGGCUCUGAAAUGCGCUAGGAUAGACUCUAACACUGCUCUUGAUUAGAUUUUGACGUGGAUGUAAUGUGAAGAGGGUAUUGGUUGUGGGAUAAUCUGUAAUAUUUACACCAGCGGCGUUUAAAAAAAAAGUCCUGAAGUGAUGUAAGGGAAUUAUGACUGAACCCGGCACGACGGCGGCGGCGACGGCGGCUUGGUGUUUUCAUACAGCGACACUCCAAAUGAGCGACUUUUACUUGGCAGGAACCGGUUUGGAAACCUGUGGAUGACUUUCUGAAGUGAAGCCGUAUGGUGCGAAAACUUUUCACGACAGGAGACUGUGAACACUGCGAGCGGCUGCUCAUUCACAUGUAAACGGUAUUCCGAUGUGCGACUGUCGGGGUAAAACUUCUCUGUUGGUGGGUUAGAGCGUACUUCAGGUUAGCUAUCACUAGCUCCAGCGACCGGGGCGAACAUGUCGGCGGUCUCCGCCACCGAGAAAGUGGACGGCUUCACUCGGAGGUCCGUGAAGAAGGCGCAGAAGCAGCGGAAAUCCCCCAGCUCAUCCCGCUUUCGGAGCCACAGCUCCUCCGGGGAGCUGUCAGCCCUGCCGCAGCUCCGAGCCAACGUUCACGAUGCUCCAUCUACAGAGCAGCAGGAGCUGUUUGUGCAGAAGCUGCAGCAGUGUUGUGUGCUCUUUGACUUCUUCGACUCGGUCACUGAUCUGAAGAGUAAAGAGGUGAAGAGGGCCACUCUCAACGAACUGGUAGAAUAUGUGUCUACCAGCAGGGGCAUACUGGUGGAGUCCGCCUACCCUGACAUCAUUAACAUGAUCAGCACCAACUUAUUCAGAACUCUGCCUCCGAGUGACAACCCUGAUUUCGACCCUGAAGAAGACGAGCCCACACUGGAGGCUUCAUGGCCACACAUGCAGCUGGUGUACGAGUUUUUCCUUCGUUUCUUAGAAAACCCGGAUUUUCAGGCGAGCACAGCCAAACGCUACAUCGACCAGAAGUUUGUCCUGCAGCUGUUGGAGCUGUUUGACACCGAAGACCCCCGGGAGCGAGACUUCCUGAAAACCAUCCUGCAUCGCAUCUAUGGAAAAUUCUUGGGCCUGCGUGCCUUCAUCCGCAAACAAAUCAACAACAUUUUCUUACGGUUUAUCUACGAGACCGAACAUUUCAAUGGAGUAGCUGAACUUCUGGAGAUCCUGGGCAGCAUCAUCAAUGGGUUCGCGUUGCCACUGAAGGCUGAACACAAGCAGUUCCUGAUGAAGGUGCUCAUUCCGAUGCACACUGCCAAAACCCUAGCGCUCUUCCACGCACAGUUGGCGUACUGUGUGGUUCAGUUCUUGGAGAAGGACGCCACGCUCACAGAGCCGGUGAUCCGGGGGCUUCUGAAAUUCUGGCCCAAGACCUGCAGCCAGAAAGAGGUCAUGUUCCUGGGCGAAAUCGAGGAGAUUCUGGACGUCAUUGAGCCGACACAGUUUAAGAAGAUUCAGGAGCUGCUGUUUAAGCAGAUCUCCAAGUGUGUAGCUAGUCCUCAUUUUCAGGUAGCAGAACGGUCACUGUACUUCUGGAACAACGAGUACAUUUUGAGCCUGAUCGAGGAGAAUAUAGACAAGAUCCUGCCCGUCAUGUUCAACAGCCUGUACCGCGUCUCUAAAGAGCACUGGAACCAGACGAUUGUAGCACUGGUGUACAAUGUGUUGAAAACGCUGAUGGAGAUGAACAGCAAACUGUUUGAUGAGCUCACAGCCUCGUACAAAGCAGACAGACAUCGAGAGAAGAAGAAGGAGCAGGAGAGAGAGGAGCUGUGGAAGAAGCUAGAGGAGCUGAAGAUCUCCAAGAGCCAGAACAACAGCCAUGGCCUUCUGAACUCAGAGAACAGCAACAAUAACAACAACCAAUCAGAGGAGCAGAACAGCUCAGUCAUCACCGCUACAGACAGCGUCAACACACACACACACAAUACUGACCACUGUGCCAAAUGACACAGGACCAGCUGUCGGAUUGAUACCAGCAGCACUCUGUCACAGAGAUGUGGACGUUUCAACUGAAAAUGCGCUCUAUAGAUCUACAUAGACCAACCUUAUCUAUAAAAAUGAAAUAUUUUAGUUAUGUAAGUCUAUUUUUGGAUGUUAAGUGCAGUCACGUUAUUUCGUAUAUUAAAACUUCACUCACAGAUAGACGUGUGCCGUCAUACACCAUUAUUGUGGACAUUACUGCGUUCCAUUACUGCAGUUUUGAGCAGUGUUCUUGCUCUAAGAUAAAUCCUCUUUUAUUCAGGAUUAGACAGCAUUAGGAUGGCUGUUUUCUAAAUUCUCAUAAUCUGUACAGAAUUCACACCUUUUCUGCACAAUUCUGUUCAGCAGAUAAGAAUUAGAGAAUUAUGAAAAUGCAGUAUGGGGACAUCCAACUCACACGAUCUGAUUCAGAGUUUGACAAGAGUUUGACAUGUGCAAGAGCACGUUCUUAAUGUCACACUGGAGUUCUGACGAGUGUGCAUGCUGGUAUGUACACACGGGCCUAAAAGAGAGAAAAAGAAUUAGUGGUAUAAUGAGAGCUCAAAUUUCAUGAUAUAUCAGUGUCAGCUAUGUGGGAUAUUUAUAAUUCUUCAGUCAGUUAAAAAAGCUCCAAACAUGUCCUAGCAAUGGUUACACUCUGUUACUGUGUAGUUUUGAUAUGGUUUUGACCAGGGAGAGUGGAUUAAUGAUGUUGAAAUUCAUAUUGCUGUUUAUUGUAAACUGAUCUUUGCAUAAUACUGAUGCCAGGUGUUUUCUUGAACCAGACAUUUUAAAGGAGCAGUUUGUAAUUUUUAGAGUCGUCUCCGAAUUGCAAAGAAAAUCUAAAUAAAGCCUUCUCUUUCCCCACUAUAAA